GAUAUAUAUAAAUUACAUGGGCUAGGUUUUUUUUAUAUACAUAUAAAUAGUUUGGAGAGAUAAAUCAGGUGGAACCAAGUUUGUUGUUUGUGUUUCGAUUGAACAACACUUUAAUUAUUUAAUCUUUCCAUUGUCUUUGCGUCUUCUUCGAUCAAUUUAUCAAAUUAGGGUUCCAACCUUUUUUCUUUUUUUUCCCCGUUGUGUGUUAAGUCGGCGGAAAAACUUAGAACAGAACAAACCAUCAUUUUUCCAGAAAUUUGAAGAAUAGAUAAAAAAAGAUUAAUAAGAUAUGGAAGGUUCAGAAGAUGCUUCUGCAAUUGUUGAACCACCUGACCCAGAAGUUCUUGAAAUCGACCCAACUUGUCGAUAUAUUCGGUACAAAGAAGUAAUAGGCAAAGGCGCAUCCAAGACAGUGUAUCCCUUUCUCUGUUUUUCUUUACAUAAUCUCUGUUUUUGUUUUACAAUCUGUUAUUCUGUGUUAUGUGACAUCAUAGUUUGUGCUACGAGAGGAUAUGAAAUUCAUUAUUUCUUUAACUCUCUUGAACAAAUAAUCAGUUUUAAGGGAUUCGACGAAGUAGAUGGGAUUGAAGUAGCGUGGAAUCAAGUAAGGAUCGACGAUCUUUUGCAAUCACCAGAUUGUCUAGAGAGGCUAUAUUCCGAAGUGCGGCUUUUGAAAUCUCUGAAGCAUAAAAACAUCAUAAGGUUUUAUAACUCGUGGAUCGAUGACAAGAACAAGACGGUUAACAUAAUUACCGAGUUGUUCACUUCAGGAAGUCUCCGGCAGUACCGUAAGAAACAUAGAAAGGUGAAUAUGAAGGCUGUCAAGUGUUGGGCGAGACAGAUUUUAACGGGAUUGAAAUAUCUACAUAGUCAAGAUCCGCCGAUAAUACACCGAGAUAUCAAAUGUGACAACAUUUUUAUCAACGGUAAUCAUGGAGAAGUGAAAAUAGGAGAUCUUGGUUUAGCUACUGUCAUGGAACAAGCUAAUGCCAAAAGUGUGAUUGGAACACCGGAGUUUAUGGCGCCUGAGCUUUACGAUGAGAACUACAACGAGCUCGCUGAUAUAUAUUCGUUCGGGAUGUGUAUGUUGGAAAUGGUGACUUUUGAAUAUCCUUAUUGUGAGUGUAGAAACUCUGCUCAAAUCUACAAGAAAGUUUCAUCGGGGAUCAAACCAGCUUCACUAUCAAAGGUUAAAGAUCCAGAGGUAAUGAAAUUUAUCGAGAAAUGUUUAUUGCCAGCUUCCGAAAGGUUAUCGGCAGAGGAGCUUUUAUUGGAUUCUUUUCUCAAUGUGAACGGUUUAGUUAUGAACAAUCCAUUACCGCUUCCCGACAUUGUAAUGCCGAAAGAAGGAUCAUUCGGUGAACGUUGUCUUAUGUCUGAAGGACCACCUAAUGCUCGGAAUAGAACGAUGUCAAUGAAUCUUGACGAAGACAAUAACCUUCCUAUUGUUAUUUCAAGCAACAAUUCAGGAACAAACUGUAUUGAGGUUAGACGGGCAAAGCGAGGAAACUUUUUUGUCCUUAAAGGUGAAGAGAAUGAUGAGAACUCUGUCUCAUUAAUUCUUCGUAUAGUCGAUGAAAAUGGUAAGAGUCUUUUGCGUUUAUAUUUUACAAAACAUUUCACCGAAAAUGUUAGAUGCAUAUACAAUCAGCCAAAAAUUGCGUUUGGAAAAUUGCAUAUUAUACCAAACUUGAUUAGUUUUGUCUUCUUUUUGGCGUGUAGGGCGUGUGAGGAACAUUCAUUUUCUAUUCUUUCAAGAAGGUGACACUGCUUCUAAUGUAUCUAGUGAGAUGGUUGAACAGCUUGAAUUGACGGAUAAAAACGUAAAGUUUAUAGCGGAAUUGAUUGACGUGUUACUCGUCAAUUUGAUACCGAAUUGGAAAACCGAUGUAGCUGUCGAUCAUCUAAUUCAUCCGCAACAGAACCAGAGCUCCAAGGAUAAUCAUCAAAACGGUGCAAGUUCUCAAGCUGGUGAAUCCAUUAGCCACUCUUUGUCCUCUGAUUAUUGCCCACGAUCCGAUGAUGAGGCAAACCCGACCGUAGCUGCAACAACAGAAGAUCAAGAAGCAGAGAAACCAGGAAGCUUGGAGGAAGAAGAAGAAGAUGAGAGGUUAAAAGAGGAGUUAGAAAAGAUAGAAGAACGGUUCAGAGAAGAGAUGAAAGAGAUAACGAGGAAAAGAGAAGAAGCAACAAUGGAGACCAAAAAUAGAUUUUUCGAGAAGAAGAUGCAACAAGUUGAGUAAAGUAAACAACAGAGCAACACUCUGGUUUUGGAUUCCUCUGUUUUGCUUUUCUGUUUUUCCAUGUUUUAUUAUUUUAGUUUUGGUCAAAGAGAAAAAAGCUUUUGUUGUUUACUUGUUUCAUUGCAAGUGUAGAAAGUUUCCUCCAUAAAAAAAAUAGAAAGUAUUUUCUAAUGGUAAUUGGGAUUUACAUUAUAUAAAGCACUAAUUGCUGAGAUAAAACCAU